GUACCUCUCUAUCAGCUUCGAUCCUCCUUGGAAACUACUUGACCACCCUAGGAGCUUCUCGCUUCCGCGCAGUCAGUAGUGCCAUUGAAGUCCUCACAUCCUCUCACACACCAACCAAGGACCAAAAUGUUCCUCCCCGGCAACUUGAAACACCUCACCUCCGCCCUCCUCUGCGCCCUCCCAGCCCUAACCAGCGCCUCCCCCGAGCAAAAGCCCGCCUACAGCAUCACCGCCCCAACCCGGGACGCGAUCCUCACCCCCAACACGCCCAGCGUGAUCUCCUGGGCCACCACCCAGCGCAGCAACACCCAGCUCUCUAUCCACCUCGCAACCACCUCCAACAACACCAGCCUCUGCACCAUCGCCACGAACAUCAGCAACUCGGGCUCGAUCUCCUGGUCGCCGCCCGCCCGCAUUCCCUCGGGAUCGGAGUACAUUAUCGUGCUUGAUCCCGCCACCACUUCCAACACCAUCAACACUACCUCCUCCUCCUCCUCAUCCGACGACAACAACCCCGAAGAACCAAAGCACUACCAAUCCAACCCCUUCACAAUCACAGCCCCCAAGAGCACUCCGAGGAACAAAACCUCCACGACGGGGGGAAACUCCACCGAGAUGGCGACAACAUACUACCCAACCGAGAACCAGCGUCUCACCCGCGGGAAAACGGCGAUUGUGACGUGGCCGGUGGCGCAGGACAAGAAGACCGCGCAGGUUAGUGUCUAUCUGAUGGAAGGGGGUGGCGGCGCGUCGAGCGCUUCCGACGAAGAAAAGAAUGUAUCGAGCGUGGCAAGACACGUUGCUAACUCGGGCAGUCUGGCGUGUGUGCUGCCUGGGAAUCUGACGGUGGCGGAUGAUUAUCGGUUUGCGAUUGUGGAGGGGGAGGGGGAGGUGCAGUAUUCGGCGAGGUUUCGCGUGGUGAGUGAGGAUGAGGAUGAGGAUGUGGAUGCGGUCAAGGAGAGUAAGGAGGAAGAUGUGGGAGCUAGUGCGGAUGAGUCUGGGGGUGUGGCUACCAAUGCUACUUCUACGAGCAGUGGGUGGGCCAGUGGCUCGACGGAGGCGUUGAAGUCGGAUUCGACCUGGAUUGCUACGGCUGCUGGGUCCAGGGUCGUGGGGUGUGGAGGGUGGACUGCGCUGGGGAUGAUGGUGGUUUUGCUAGUGGUGUAGGGUUGGCGGAGUGUGGUCGUUUACAGUACGUGAAGUUCCAUGUUUGAUGAGCGUUGAUGUUUCGUUAGUAUUGCAUUGUUUCAUAAUCUGGGGUUAGCGUCGAGGAUCAUCUGGGAGAUUUGAAAGUACAUUGGUCUAUGUCUUGGGGCACUAGGCACACGCAAGUGUUGAUCUGCAC